AUAAAGUUAAAAGUUUAAUACCUCAAAUUCAAGCUAGCCUACCAGAUGGAUUAACUAAUACUAAUUUUCAGCUUCGUAGAUAUUUUCCUACUUUUGGUGACUACUUCGCAAUUAUGAAUUUGGAUAGUAAUAUCUAUAACUAUUUCUCUACAAAUUCUAAUCAAGAUAUU